UUUCUAAAAGAGAUAAACCAUUAAUAAUGCAGAAUGGAGAAAACACAGGAUAACCCCGAGAAGAAUAAGAUGGGGUUUAAAAACCUCCUGAUGAACGGAGGAUUGGAGAAGAAGCAGAAAAAGAAGAACUCGCGGAUUCUCUCCUUCGACUCUAUCGACGUGUUCGAGGAUAACUUUAGUAUCUCCGAUACAAGACCUGGGACACCCUGUAAGCUCUCCUACUUUCCCAUCAGUAUCAUUCUAAUCCUCAUCAUCAUCAUUGUUCUUCUUCCUGUCUUCAAUCAUAGGCUUGCUUUCAAUCCAGAUUUACUCGGCCCGAUAGCUCCACCUCCCUGCUCUGAUACCUGUGAUAUCUCCCUGGUUGAAUCUAUCCCGGAGAACCUUGUGUAUAAUUCAUCAGUUCUAAGAAAGUCAACGUAUUCAGCUUGGAAGGAACUUCUAAAUAUCUCCGAGAGUAGAAUAGAACUAGCAGGAAUGUAUUGGACUCUCAGGGGUAAGGAUAUACAAUAUGAGGAUGAAUCUGCGUGGCAAGGAGAGGAUAUAUUUAAGAAUAUUAAAUCAGCUGUAAAGGAGAAAGGGUUAGAACUAUGGAUAGCACAAAAUCAACCCAACCCUGAAGAACCAAACCUAGAUACAGAGGAUCUGGAGCAAACUGUCGGAGCAAGGGUUCGAAGCUUAAAUUUUACCAGGUUGGUUGGAGCUGGAAUCCUUCAUACUAAACUAUGGUUAGUGGAUCGGAAACAUUUCUAUGUAGGAUCCGCUAACUUUGAUUGGAGAUCUCUGACACAGGUGAAGGAGGUAGGUGUGCUUGUAAAGAACUGUCCCUGUUUAGCGGAGGAUAUGGGUAAAAUCUGGGAUGUUUACUGGGCUCUAGGUGCACCUGGAGCUAGUGUUCCUAAAUCCUGGCCAGACUCUCUUUCAACCCAGAUUAACCUGGAUACUCCUGUAUCCGUCCUCAACUCUCAUCUUUCUGUCUCUAUUUCAAGUUCUCCGCCCCCGUUCUGUCCUCAAGGCCGGGAUAGUGAUAUUGAAGCCAUUCUCCGGACUAUAGAUAGUGCUAAAGAGUUUGUACGGGUUGCUGUGAUGGAUUACUAUCCUGCAACCCUAUACAGGUCCCACACACAGUUCUGGCCCGUCAUAGAUAAUGCACUACGGAAAGCUGCGAUAGAGAGAAAGGUUAAGGUUGAGUUACUUCUCAGUGAUUGGGAUCAUACUAUUCCAUCCAUGCUCUACUAUCUCCGAUCUCUCCAGGCCCUGAAUGGAGUCGCUCCUGGAGUGCAUAUCAGGGUUCGUAUGUUCCGGGUUCCGUCUUUUACUCCUGCGCAGAAGAAAGUCCCGUUUGGUCGAGUGAACCACAACAAAUAUCUAGUUACCGAGUCCACGGGGUUUGUAGGGACAUCUAAUUGGUCUGCGGAUUAUUUUAUUUCCACCGGCGGAAUUGGUUUUGUCUUUGCCGGAGCACUGAGGAACGAUCUUGAGGAGUUGUUCCAAAGAGACUGGAACAGUUCCUAUGCCAGCGAUCUGUAAGGAUGGAUUCGAAUGAAACUAUUUGAAAUCUUUAAGAGAUUAAAUUUAGUGUAAAUUGUAAUAUGUGGAGUAACAUGAGUGAUUCACAUAAAAGAACUAAAUCAAAACCUUAUCAAUCGAUACCGUCGACAUCGUCUCAACUGUUUAAAAGCGAGAUGCAUGACGUCACUUAUUAAAUGGUCAUGGAGUAAUAUUAGGACAUCUGAUUUAAAUUUGUUGGAAACGUAUCAAGUCCUACCAUGGUAUAAUCUUCCCAGAAUAAACACAAAGGAAACAAAAUAAGCGACACCUUCAGAACUGAAGAGGUUUAGUUUAUCAUGAGUUAUCAUAAACCUGGAUAAAGUAAUAUUUUAAAGAUAUAUAUUUACUCUCUACAGUUCUCCUAUUAAACAUAUCUCAAACUU